AUGUUCGACAGCUCUCAGUACCCAUACAACUGCUUCAACGACGAGGACGACGCGGGCAGCGCCGACCCGGACCAGCGGCUCACGCGACCCGCGUACAGCUACAUCGCGCUCAUCGCCAUGGCCAUCCAGCACAGCCCCGCGCGCAGAGUCACCCUGGCCGGCAUCUACGACUUCAUCGUGCGCAAGUUCCCCUACUACCGCGCCAACCAGCGCGCCUGGCAGAACUCGAUCCGCCACAACCUUUCGCUCAACAGCUGCUUCGUCAAGGUGCCGCGGGCCGACGGCCACGACAAGGGCAAGGGUAACUACUGGACGUUCGCGGGCGGCUGCGAGUCGCUGCUCGACCUGUUCGAGAACGGCGACUACAGGCGGCGGCGGCGGCGGCGCGGCCCCAAGCGGGCAGCGCGCGUCGAGGGACCGCCCGGCUCCAGGGAGCCCGCGGACACGCCGGCCACCGUCGGCGGGGGCCUGGGUGUCCCUGGACGCACGGCCCCAGCUCCCGCCAGCCCCGCCGCGCCCGGAAAGCCAGGACGCGGGGACCUCAAGUUCAGCAUCGAGUCCAUCCUGGCGGCCCCAGACCCCUGUCCGCGGCUGGAGGCGCUGCCCGCGGGCCUCCACUUCUGGGCCCUGUGA